CGGCCGCUAGGGGGAGACAUGUCCGCCAGCCCUGCUCCCAUUACCGCCGCUGCUGCUGAGCUCAGGCCUCGGGCUGAAUGGCGGCUUCCAGGCUCCCGCUGGGGGGGUGAGGCCGCGGGAUGAAGCGGGACAGGCGCGGCCAGAGCACGGCCUGUCACCGUAAGACCUCCCGGAGCGUCCCCAAGGAGGUGGUCGCUGCCCUGAAGCCGCCGCCGACCUUGGAGCCGGCAGCAGGUAUUGGAAGGCCCUUAAGCACUGGUUACUGCCGGCUGUGCCAUGGGAAAUUCUCCUCCCGCAGCCUGCGCCAGGCCUUUGGUAAGGUACCGGUUACCUGUCGGAGCUCGGAGAAGCAGAGACGUACGGACCAGGUUUUCUUUGCCGACUUUCAUCAGCUGGUUGGAGUGUCGGUCCGCCAGGAUCCCAGGCUGCCCCAGUUUGUGUGCAAGGACUGCCACACCCAGUUCUACAAGUGUCGCAGCGUGCUAAGGACCUUCAUCCAAAGAGUCAACAUCUCUCCAACCACUCCUCACAGCAACAUGAUGGGAACGCACAGUCCUGAAGGUGUCACCACAGGUCCGUGUUCAGAUCUGAUCACCUCCAGCCCUGAAUGCCUACAUAGCCUGGUAAGCUGGACCCAUAGCCACGCUGGCGGCUGCUCAUCCGUACCCAGCUUGCAGCGGGUGCUAUCCAGGCAGUACUGUGGCAUCAUUCAGGCAGUGUGGGGAUGUGGUCAAGGGCAUGACUACGUUAUGGAAACAGACUCUGACUGCACCACUCCUGAUGCCCAGCGAGAUGCAGACCCUCCAAAGGUGCCCAGUGGUAACGGGAUCCACACAGUCAGCACAGAUACGGACAUCCUUCCCUUGGAAUGCAGCCUACCAGACACAAUGGACGCCGCCACAACUUCUGUUCCUGAUAUCGGCAGGGCAGGUGAUCCUCCUGCCCGGAGCAGUUCACCGGAUCAGCUCCUGGAGUCUGCAGCGCCGCUGUGUCCUGAGCCGGACUCCGUACAUGCAGCAAGUGGCCGAGCAUCUCCCACCUGUACUGAUCUCGGGAAGACGACGGGCAACGAGCUGCUAUCACAGGAGACGCACUGUCACAGGAGACGCGCAGCAAGUGGCCGAGCAUCUCCCACCAGUACUGAUCUCAGGAAGGCGGAGGGCAACGAGCUGUCAGACGGUGAUUCCCAGAGCAGAGAUGACGGGGAGGAGAGGGGAGACCUGCUGUCCUCAGACGACUCCUUUGAACCCUACCCAGAAAAGAGCAGGAUUCCUCUCAGAAGGAGCACCCCUAGAGGGGGCAGGAAGGCACAAGAGCCACGGGAGAGGAAGAAGCCGGGCCCCAAACCAGGCUGGAAGAAGAUUAAACGAGAACGGGAGGAACUGCCUACAAUAUACAAGUGUCCUUACCAGGGCUGCACUGCAGUCUACCGCGGCGCAGACGGCAUGAAGAAACACAUUAAGGAGCAUCACGAGGAAGUGCGAGAACGUCCCUGUCCACAUCCCGGCUGCAACAAGGUGUUCAUGAUAGACCGGUACCUGCAGCGGCACGUCAAGCUCAUCCACACAGAGGAGAGGAAUUACAUCUGCGACCAGUGCGGACAGGCCUUCAAGCAGCGGAAACACUUAUCUGUGCAUCAGAUGAGACACUCAGGAGCUAAACCCUUACAAUGUGAAGUGUGUGGUUUCCAGUGCAGACAGAGAGCGUCACUGAAGUACCACAUGACCAAGCACAAGGCCGAGGCAGAUCUGGAAUUUGCGUGUGACCAGUGCGGGAAAAGAUUUGAGAAGGCGCACAACCUCAAUGUGCACAUGUCCAUGGUACAUCCACUCACCCAAAGCCCGGCCAAGCCUCCGGAAACUGAACCUGACAUCCCCUCAGGGACUAUGGAAACAGUAAAGCCACAACAACUCCACAGCUGAGGACUAUGUGGAUAAAUGGAAAAAGAAGUAGAACUUGACACUUUUUAUAUUGUUUUUAACAGAUUUUACUGUACAGGGCAUAGAGUGCAUCCACCACUUGCGUUGUUGCACAGAGAACAUAGAGCAGAGCGCACCCUUCCCGGCUUCAGGCCAUUGGGUGUCCUUUGCUGUUUAGCGGAAGUGUAGCCCCAGAAACACUUUGCUGCAGAGCAGCGCUGGCGUCUCUUCUGGGGGCUUAAGGGUCUCUUACCAUUCUAACAUAACCACCGGUAGAUAAUUUAUGAUAACGAUUUGAAUAAAUUAUUUACACAAUAAA